UCGUUUUUCUGACCCAGGUGGCGCAUAAAUAGAAAAAGCUCGAGUUGAGUUUAGUGUCAGCCGCCAAUCAAAUCACAAGAAGUAGAAGAAGAGUCAAGAGUCGGACAGAUUUACCUUCGUUCCACAAAGAAUAAAACAUCAUCAUGAUCAACUGGAAGGUUCUGGAUAACGUGCCGUUGCUGCUGUACAUCCUGGCACUGAAGACGCUCGUGUUGUGUUUGGCGUUUGCUGGAGCCAAGAUCUACCAGAGCAAGAAAGCAGAAGCUGCUCUGAAACAGGAGAUGGAGAUGAAGAGGAAACUCGCUCUGCAGACGCAGGAGCUCAUCGAUGACAAGAAGGACGACUGACGUGUGGAGGAAACAGGGGAAUAAACGUGUGAUUGACAGAACGAUACGUCGCCCCUUUUAGGGUUAAUGCUGUGUUUGUUGCAGGAGUGGUGGAUUCAGAUGUUGCCUCGGCAACAUGGACUGCUGCACAAGUCUUACUUUUUGUACACAGUUUUUAUUUAUUCUCUCUGAAGCUUGUAAAUAAAAAUGUUUUUAUAUCCGA